AUGGGAGGCGUGGCUGUCGCCGCCGCCACCGCCGGAAGCGUUGUCGACGGCAAUGGUCAGGCGCAGCAAGCGGCAAGUCUGUUUUUACGUGAUGUGAAGCAUGUUCUUCGCUGGCACGCAGUGGCGGCGGGUAUGGCACUGGCAGCCAUACCGGUUGUGUACCAGGUGGCCCGAAUGGUAGCGCACCGGUACCGGGGGGAGCUGGUAAACCUAGCGAAGGACGCGGUGCAGCGGGAGGAGCUCUUUAACGGAGCGGAGGCGGACGGCGUGCUGAUCGAUCCCGCGGAGGAAGGUGGUGUAUCCAUCUCUUACAAGAGUAAUGCAAAGGACUCGAGGGAGGCAGACGGCGACGCCGACGAUGAUGCGUCGGCGUUGUGGGCAAGGCCGUCACGGUCCUCAUCGCCACAGCCGGCCUCGAUCUUUGCGCUCCGUGUUGGUCGUCGCCACUCGUGGGUGGUGUCGUCGUUUGCGUACGAGGUCCUGGCGGCGCAGCGCGCGCCUAAUGCACAGUUUGUUCGGACCUGCAGCCGGGCCGCUGUGUGUCAGUACGGCGUGGUCGUGCUGCGAGCCGCAACCACGAGCUGCCUCGUCUCUGUCGCGUCCUUUAUCGUCUUGUACGCCGGCUGUCGGUCAGUCGACUAUGCCGUUCCCUUCGGGGCGGCGCCCGCGGUGGAUGGCGCGAAGGAUUUGUCGCCGAGGUCGCUCCUCAGGGCGUUUGCGACGGACUCGCUUUUCACGACCGCGGCGCCCCCAUCGCCAGCCGUGAACUCCACCUACGGCCUUUACAGCUUCGGUGUCUCUGCGGCGGGUGUGUGGUCGCGGCUGUUUCCUCGCUUCGGGGCUGUGCAGACGCUCUGGCAGCGCCUCGCAGGGUUUGCACAGCCGCUGCAUGCAGAGUGGCGCGACGGAUCGGCGACGCUGUCCUCAUCGUUGCCGUUAUCGUCGCAGCACGCGCUGGCGGACAGCGUCUGGGCUUCGCUCUCGCCUCGCGGCUACUUCAUUGUGUCGCUUCUCCCGCGCUUGCCGCCUCGCAUUGCCGCGGGGCUGUCGUGGCUGGUGAGAGACACUUCUACUGCAGUGAUGCGUCGGUUUUAUGCCGCGUCAUCGCCUGUGAGCCCAAAGGCAAAGGCUACAGCACCCACGGCAGCUGCCGCUGCUCCGCCAACACCUUCCACAAGUGCCAGCACAGGUGCCCCGGCUGCUGUCGAUCCCAGCACUCCGGCGUUGUCGAAACGGCGUCGACGCCGUCAGCCGACGCGGCUCAUCGACUCGCCCGUUGUGCAAAUGGCGGCAGUGCUGGUGGGUGACAUAACGUUCGCCGGCAUCGUGUUCCUGGCCACCUCCUACGCAAACAGCAGCAGCCCCAGCGCUGACAGUCCCCGCUGGCCGCUCGUGCUCAACAACGCCAACACGCGGUACGAUAUCUACUGUUGGGCACAGGCCGUCCGCAGCACGUUCAGUGUGUUGGGCAUCUAA